AGGCAAGAUGGCAAAAAUAUAUCGCUGCUCAAAAGAAUUGUACGAUUGAAACGGCUUCAGAUGGCUACAGAGGCUGCGUAGUGAAGCGAAAAUACGCGAAUGGCUUCUGGACAUUUUAGACAAGACGUCGAGACACACUUUAAACCCGACUUAUGUAAAAGUGACGAAGAUAAAAGAGGAAACGACGACAGCGAAACGGACUCUACUGCAUCAAGUUACAGUUACUCCGGCUCAGGUUACUCCAACUCCGACGACCUAGAGCCAGAAUGGCUGGAUGAUGUCCAAAAGAAUGGUGAACUAUUUUAUCUUGAGCUAAGUGAGGGAGAGGAAGAAGCAUUAUUGUCCCAGGUGACCGCCAGUCAGUCCGCUGCAACCAAUCAUGUACGUUUCAGUGAAAAAGAGGCAGAGAUUAUCACAGACAGUUGCAAGAAACAAGCAGACUCCAGCAAUAAAUCCGAAGCAAAGCUCAAGAGGUUUGCCAAGAUACUUAGACGGAGGCGAUCUUCUCGAAGAAAAGCUACAAAUGUGAAAGAGGGAGGGGCUUCCCAACGCCCCACCUCCAUCCUCAAGAAUCAAGCAGGCCAGAGGCCCGGAGUCGUGGUACAUCAACAGCGUCUAAAGGAUGUGUGUGUGUAUCUGAACCCUAAACGGCUCUGCAGCACUUUGCCUCCAUAUCCAGAGAGAGGGGGAUUGUUAGAGGCAUUACUGGGUGUGGUGCACCGGCCAGGUGGAAAUGCAGGGAAGAGGGGGGAAAAACUUGCUAUCCAUGCCUUGGUCCCCCACAGUCCCGCCAGCAAAUGUGCUGAUAUUCUUAUUGGUGAUGUCCUGGUUGCUGUAGAUGAUGUGGAUGUUACCUCAGAAAACAUUGAGAGAGUUCUGUCUUGUAUACCUGGCCCCACACAGGUGAGAUUAACUUUGGAGACAGUGGGACCAGUCGAGCGCUGUUUGGAUGCUAAAAUAAAACCAUCUCCUCCAGUCAGCCAGCUGGUCAGAUUGCUGUGGGGUGAGGAUACAGUAGAGCUCCAGAUGUCUAUAGCACAUAUACCACACAUAGUGAUGUACCUUUCACUCAAACUGGAUUCUGAAUCACCGCAGGAAGAGCAGGAGAUUUUGUACCAGUAUCCAAUGUCAGAGGCUUCAGCCCAGCUGAAAGCAGUGAGAGGGAUUUUUCUGACACUUUGUGACAUGCUGGAGAACGUCACGGGUGGACAAAUAGUCAGUUCCUCACUGUUGCUUCAAAAACAGUUGGUUCACGUGGGCUACUGGAAGGAGGGAGCCAAUCUGCUGGUUUUAGGUGUACCAGCCAGCAGGGUUCCUCUGCUGUAUCUGCAGACUGUGAUUGAGGGAGUUGUCCGUACACUCAAGGUCAUGUAUGGCUCUCUGGACAGUGCAUUCUGUGAGGUGGAGAACGCAUCUCGCCUGGAUCACUUCUUCUGCCUGUUUUUUCAGCAGCUUAUCCAGCCUUCCCGUUUGAUUGACAGUUCUGGUCCCCCCACUCCUGACAUCUCAGGCACCCUCUUUUUAGACGGCUUACCAGCCGUUCGCUGGCUCACUUUACCAGCCGACAUAAAGGUUGAGGUAGACACUGUUCUAUCAGAUUUUGAGUCCUCAGAUUUUGGUGACAUGUCUGAAGACUUUUACGGCAUGAGGCGUCUGUACGUCAUUUUGGGCUGCUGUUUGUUCUACAAGGGAUAUCUCAUUGCGAAUCAUCUACCGAAGGAAGACUUGCUGGAUGUGUGCCUUUACUGUCAGCAUUACUGUCUCUUGCCACUGGCGUCAGAGCAGCGUGUGGGACAGCUGGUGGUGUGGAGAGAGGUGUUCCCUCAACGGAGAGCCCAGCCCAGCCCCGCCUCUCGUCCUGGCUACUGUGAACCACACGGACGCCACUUCCUGCUCAUAGUGGGCCUGAGACACUUUAUGCAGUGUGUAUUACUGGAGGCCGGAGGCUGCGCCUCACCCGCUCUCGGAUCUCCUGGUCCAGACUGCGUGUAUGUGGAUCAGGUGAAAGCCACACUGCUUCAACUAGAGAGCCUUGAUGCUGGUAUUGAGGAGAGGCUCUUUGCUCCACCCACUCCCUGCUUGUCCUGUGCUGAUUGGUUCCUCCCUGCAGGUGGGCGGGACCGACAAGAUGCCAUUGGCAGCUCACCGAUUCUUAAUCGUUUGACAGCAGCCAUCAAACCCCCAUCGCCAGGGGCAAUUGGUCGAAGUCUGUUUGGGGAGAUGGGGUCGGGUUCAUCAGGCUUAAGGAGAAGAAGACCAAGCCCACAAAGGAGUUUGUCUGAUAGCGGGAGUGAGGGUCAUGGGGAAGGGGCGGCACCCUUUACUUCAGGUUUGAGUCCUUAUGCCACACCCGACACAGUACGGAGGAUGCCCACAAGUGGCACACGCAGAGACUCCCUUGGGUCAGGAGGGUCAGACGGCAGUGGGGGAAGUGCUGGGUUUUUCAAGAUCCCGAGGUUGAAGCAUCCUAACCCCUUUUAUCUGGGCUCCUUGAAGAAAUGUCUGACAGACAGGGAAACAGAGGAGAUACACAAAGUUCUCAAACUAACAACAGGUGCUGAGAACACACUAUUCCAUUAUGUCCUAAUGGAGACUGUGCAGGGCAUUUUCAUCGCACCCACACACAGAGAAGUACAACAGCUCAGUGGAUCCAUCCACCCUCAACUCAUCCAGAACUUCUAUCACUGCUGUCUGUCCAUACGGGAUGUCUUUCAACAGAGCCUUCCGACACGGGAUCGAAGAGGGUCGGAGCGACCACAGAGUACUCGAGGUUUGGGUCCAGUCAAAGAACAUGGCAUUCUUUUUCAAUGCAAACCUGAAAACUGGACGGAUCAGAAGAAACCGGCGCCUACAAUGACAUACUGGGUUAUAGGACGGAUGCUUCUAGAACCCGUGCCUCAGGAGUUCUAUGUAUGCUUCCAUGAUUCUGUUGCAGAGGUUCCAGUGGAGAUGGCAUUCAGAUUGUCUUUUGGCUUGGCUGUGUAAUGUUCCAGAAUCAGUUCCACUGGACAUCGAUAACAAUACCAUGCUAGGUCUGGUCUUCAGGAUGUUGUUAAAAGCUUUAUGGGGAAAUGAACUUACAUUGGGAUAUAAUCAACUCGUUUUCUAAUAGAAGCUAGACAAAGUUACUGUUUAAGACAGAAUGUGACUAGCGAUUGGUCAGUAAAAUGUGGUCUAUGCAUAUCAGCAGGAAUUGAAAGAGAUAAAUUGAAUGGAUGCUCUUAUUAUUCACAGCCAAUAAAAGCACCUGAAAGUGGUUAAAAAAACCACUCAACUUUAAUACCUCAUGCUGGAUGGCACAACAUGCUUAGAAACUCACCAGCCAUUGAAAUUCCACUAGAGUUGUGUUUUUGUCAUAUGAACCUUCCUUGCUGGAUCAAGUGGAACAAUGUUUUCUUGGUAAAUGCCAUGCAGAAUUAACGACAACAACCGUAUGAGUUCUGCUUCCGAUAGCCUUAACGUUUAUCAGUUUUAUUUAACGUGUGGAACUUUACGUUUAUACUUUGUAAUACAUGAAUUAUUCAAACAAACAAAUGC